UGUUUAGUUUUUUUUUUCUAUUUCUCGUUCCGGCUGCUGGUUGAUUAUAAUAGUCAAAAAUUAAAAGUGGUUUAACUAUAGAAAAAAUCAUCAUGGUGUAUUUCAAAGCCAUCGUGUUGGUAUCCGUAAUUGUGUGUUUGAUCAGCGCCGAGAAGAAAUCGUUGAAAGAACGUAUUUUUAAUUGCAAACUCCUCCCGUUUAAAAAACAUCAUUCCAUUUUUAACGGUGCCAUUCCAUCAAUCGAAUCUUCUUUGCCGAUCGAUUUUGCUGUUCCUAUCAAUUAUGCCGUUUCUACCGAAGUUACUACACAUGAUACAGAGCUACUCCCUACGCCAUCACCUGCAGUAUCACAGCAACAAGUGCAGUAUCCACCUCAGCAAGAAGUUCAGUACCCAUCUCAGCCAGAAAUUCAGUAUCCACCGCAGCCAGAAGUGCAGUACCCUGAACCGCAGCAACAGGGACAACCUCCUGUAGUGUCACAACAGGAAGUACAGAAUCCGCCGCAACAGGAAGUACAGAAUCCGCCACAACAAGAAGUGCAGAAUCCGCCACAGCAACAACCUUUAUAUCCACCACAACACGAAGGCCAACGUCCUGCACAAUACUUGGUAGCGCAGAACUCACCAUCAUAUGAAGGAUUGUAUCCACCGCAACAUACCGGACAAUAUUAUCCGUCGCCAAACUACCAGGAUACUACUUACUACAACGUCCCAUAUAACUACCCCGUCUAUGGGCAAAACGUACUGAGAUCCGUUAAGUCUGUCGAUGGUCAAACGUAUACAACCUACCAACACCCAUACAAAAUGAAUAUGUUUAUUCGACAUCCAAACCCGUACUACAACGCUGCACAUACAUAUGGUUUGUACGAUGCUCCUGCACAAUAUGACUAUAUACCACAAAAACAUACACCUAAAGCCCUCGUAAAAUCGACUUGAUGAUAUACUUACUUUAUGACAAUUUUUAUUUUUAUCAUUAUUAUGUAAUAACUACUUUAGUUUUUAGUAAAAUUACAUUAAAAAACA